ACACUAGCAUGCUCAUGAAAGCACAACAAGAUCACUCAAUUCUUCGCUUCCUAACUUGUAACACAGACGCCCUCCCUUAACCAAUAUCUUCGUACACACAUCUUAACAAAUUCAAUUCGCAUUCUUUCUAAACAACCGAAUUGCUUUUGAUCUAAGCAUUAAAUCGAAAUUAUUUUGUCUCAGUUUCAGCUUUUGGCUGUUUAACCGAAACUUCUAUUAAUAUUUCUCGCUGGUGCAUGGACGUCACGUUGAUCCACAUAUUCUAGGGCACGAAUUCUUCAAGAUUCAGCAUCAAUGGCUUCGUGGCUCAAAGCUGCCGAAGAUUUGUUUGAAGUUGUAGAUCGACGAGCAAAGCUGGUUGUCAGUGAAUUGGCCGAUGAGCAAUCAGAUUUGCAGACACCGGCUUCCAAUGGACAAGGAUCUCAAGCCAGGAGGCCAAAGUCAAGGACAAAGGUGGUUGCAGGCUCAAAAGAGACUCUCCACCAAUGAAUCUCAAAAAUUAGGUGAUAUUGCACAGGAGCAGUCCCACACAACAUUUCAGUUAGAUUUAACAUCUGACAAAGAUAGGGCUGCUCCUUCAGCAGUUGAAAAUGAGAGGACGAUUUAUGAUAAGACUCCAAAAAAUGAGCAGGAACAAAGUAAUGAAAAAGAUGCACCCAGCAUGCCUUCAACAGAGCCACCAGCAAAUGCAGCAGGUAAACAUGAUACUGAUCUUGCAGAAGUUCCUGUAACAGUUACUGAUGCAGACUCUGCUAUAUCAACUUCAAAUGGUGAGCUUCUCAAUGAGAAUGCUUCAGAUGUUCAUGUGGAACAAUCUCCUCCAUCAUUGCCUCCUAAAGAAAAUAAGAUUUCCAAUGAAGAUCUUUCAAACGAUGCUGGUGAAAAAAUCAAUUCUGAAGAUGUUGAUGUUCCUCUGAAGAUAGAUAAUGAGAGAUCUUUAUCUGUAGUUGUUGAGCCUACUGUUAAUAGUGAAAGUUUAUUGAAGGAUGCUGAUUCUAAAGUUGAAUCUGUUGCUGCUCAGAAGAAGCAACAAGAGCGCAAAAUGGAUAGUCCACCUAUGAAAGUACAGGACCAACUUGAGGAGGCUCAGGGAUUGCUCAAAACUGCAAUUUCCACUGGGCAGUCAAAAGAAGCAAGGUUGGCUCGGGUUUGUGCUGGACUUUCAUCACGUCUUCAAGAAUACAAAUCUGAAAGUGCACAGCUGGAGGAACUUCUUGUUGCAGAGAGAGAGCUGAGUAGAUCAUCUGAGGCUCGAAUAAAGCAACUACAGCAAGAAUUAUCUGCUUCUAAAAGUGAAGUAACUAAAGUGGAGUCAAAUAUGGCCGAGGCUUUAGCAGCAAAGAACUCAGAAAUUGAGGUGCUUGUCAGUUCUAUUAAUACACUAAAGAAACAGGCUACUUUAUCUGAAGGAAACCUUGCUUCACUGCAGAUGAACAUGGAGUCCAUAAUGAGAAAUAGAGAAUUAACAGAGACGAGGAUGAUGCAGGCUUUACGGGAGGAGCUGGCAUCUGCUGUUAGGAGAGCAGAAGAAGAACGUGCUGCACAUAAUGCUACCAAAAUGGCUGCUAUGGAAAGGGAAGUUGAACUGGAACAUAGAGCUGCUGAGGCGUCAACAGCACUUGCUAGGGUCCAGAGAAUUGCUGAUGAGAGGACAGCAAAGGUGGGGGACCUUGAGCAGAAGGUGGCGGUGCUUGAGCUUGAAUGUGCAACUCUAAAUCAAGAAUUGCAAGAUAUGGAAGCUCGUGCUCGCCGUGGACAAAAGAAGUCCCCUGAUGAAGCAAAUCAAGUGAUCCAGAUGCAGGCAUGGCAAGAUGAAGUGGAACGUGCACGCCAAGGCCAGAGAGAUUCUGAGAUCAAGCUUUCUUCUUUGGAGGCUGAAGUGCAAAAAAUGAGAGUCGAAAUGGCUGCCAUGAAGAGGGAUGCUGAGCAUUAUUCGCGAGAGGAGCAUAUGGAGCUAGAGAAACGUUACCGUGAACUAACUGAUCUUUUGUACUACAAGCAAACACAGCUAGAGACCAUGGCCAGUGAAAAAGCGGCAGCAGAGUUUCAAUUGGAGAAGGAAAUAAAGCGUAUUCAAGAAGCACAGGUUGAGGCAGAAAGAAGUAGAGUUUCUCGUAGGACAUGGUCUUCUUCUUGGGAAGAGGACACUGAAAUGAAGACACUUGAGCCACUCCCCUUGCAUCAUCGGCACAUGGCUGCAGCGAGCUUACAGUUGCAGAAGGCAGCAAAACUAUUGGAUUCUGGAGCCGUCAGGGCCACUAGAUUUCUUUGGCGAUAUCCAACAGCACGUGUAAUCCUGCUUUUCUAUCUUGUAUUUGUACAUCUCUUUUUGAUGUACUUGUUGCAUCGCCUUCAGGAACAAGCGGAUAAUAUGGCUGCUAAAGAAGUAGCAGAAUCUAUGGGUCUCACCACUGGUAACUUGCCAUGAUUGAAUUUCUUGAAUUACUGAUCUCAUGUGCUGCAAGGAUGUUGUGUUCGAAUUUUUAACAAAUACACAGGACUAAAAUAUCGUGAAAUUGUAAAAAUUACUGAAGGAUGGAACUGUCACUGUCAUUGUUUUCUCUUUUCAUUUCACAAUCGGGGAAAAUUUUCUGCGGCUUGAAAUUAGCAAAAUAGAUUCGGGUGAAUCUGGACGUGUGACUUUGUCAUCUAGGCAUUAAAUGAUAAUUAAUAGUGUAAGAAGUUUCAUAAUUGAAAGGAAUAUUCUUUUAUUUAUCAAGUUCAUUUGUGAACA